GAGAGCAGCACGGACGCUCUGCUCAGCCGCCCGCCUGGGCGUCCCCCGCCGCUUCCGCUCCUCACCGGCUACAGCCCCCCGCGGGGCCGCCCCGUUGCCGGUAGCGGGCAGGGGUACCCGGCCGGUGCCGCCGCCUCCGCCGCGGGGUGCGGAGCGGGAGUCGCCGCCGCCCGCCGUGAAUUUCGGGGACCCGCGGGAAGCGUUCCGCAGCAAGAGCAACGCCGAGCUGCUGCGGGGGCUGGUGGUGCUGGGGCUUUGCGCCGUCGGGCCGCUGGUGGAGCACAAUCGAGAGCUAAUGCGGCUGUGCCAGCGGGUGCUGGGGCAGGCGCUGUUCGAGCGGCUAAUGAAGAUGACAUUCUACGGGCAGUUCGUGGCCGGGGAAGACCAGGAGGCCAUCAAACCACUCAUCCGGCGGAACCAGGCCUUCGGCGUGGGUGCCGUGCUGGACUACAGCGUGGAGGAGGAUUUGAGCGCCGAGGAGGCCGAGCGCAAGGAGCUGGACUCCUGCACCUCUGCAGCCGAGAAGGAGACAGGAGAAGCAGAGCAAAGGGAGAAGCAGUUUCGAGUCCAUCGGGGAUUUGGGGAUCGCCGUGGUGGGGUCAUCAGCGCCCGCACAUAUUUCUAUGCUGAUGAGGCCAAGUGUGACCAGCACAUGGAGACUUUCCUCCACUGCAUCGAUGCCUCAGGUGGCAGCUCAGAGGACGGCUUCUCAGCCAUCAAGCUGACAGCACUGGGCAGACCUCAGUUCCUGAUGCAGUUCUCUGAGGUGCUGGUGAAGUGGAGGAGGUUCUUCCACCAAAUGGCUGCAGAGCAGGGACAAGCUGGGCGUACAGCUCUGGAGGUGAAGUUGGAGGUGAAGAAGCUGCAGGAGGCCCUGGCCAACCUUGGCAUCGUGACCAAAGCAGAGAGCCAGGACUGGUUCACGGGCAAGAACUUGGGCAUGAGCGGCACUGUGGACCUGCUGGACUGGAACAGCCUGAUUGAUAGCCGUACUAAGCUCUCCAAGCUGCUGCUCGUACCCAACAUAAAGACUGGGCAGCUUGAGCCUCUUCUCUCACGCUUCACCGAGGAGGAGGAUCUACAGAUGAAGCGGAUGCUGCAGCGCAUGGAUGUACUUGCCAAGAGAGCCUCAGAGAAGGGUGUGAGGCUGAUGGUGGAUGCAGAGCAGAGCUACUUCCAACCAGCCAUCAGCCGCCUCACCCUGGAGAUGCAGCGCCGCUUCAACAGGGACCAAGCCAUCAUCUUCAACACCUACCAGUGCUACCUGAAGGAGGCUUAUGACAAUGUGACUGUGGAUGUGGAGCUGUCACGCCGGGAGGGCUGGCACUUUGGCACCAAGCUGGUUCGAGGUGCCUACAUGGAACAGGAGCGGGAGAGGGCAGCCCAGAUUGGCUAUGAGGAUCCCAUCAAUCCCACCUAUGAGAAGACCAAUGAGAUGUACCACAGAUGCCUGGACUAUAUCCUGGAGGAGAUCAAGCACAGCCAGAAAGCCAGCGUGAUGGUGGCAUCUCACAAUGAGGACACAGUGAAGUUCACCCUGUGCAGGAUGAUGGAACUUGGGAUCCAUCCCUCAGAGAAGAAGGUGUACUUUGGGCAGCUGCUGGGCAUGUGUGACCAGAUCACCUUCCCUCUGGGCCAGGCUGGUUUCCCUGUCUACAAGUACAUGCCCUACGGCCCAGUGAAUGAAGUGCUGCCCUACCUGUCCCGGCGGGCCCAGGAGAACCGAGGCUUCAUGCAGAGGGCAACCCGGGAGCGGGACCUGCUCUGGAGGGAGAUGAAGAGGCGGCUCCUCUCUGGCAGUAUUUUCAGCCCCAGCCACUGACCCCAAGUCUGGCUCCCAGCCUGGGGCUCCUGUGCCUUCACCCAGAACCACUGUUGCCUUUCCCUGUCCUUGUUCUGCUGCACUUUCCUGACCUCCCCCAUCCCCAUCCACACCCCCUUGGUGCCCUUUGCCCUGGGAGAGGAUGUGUCCUCCUUGUUGUUUGAACCUGCUGGAGGUGACUGCUCUAGGGUUGUCCCAGAGCUCACCCUGCCCCCCCCGGGGGUGUCUUUCUGGGCCAACCCAGGGGUUCUUGAGGUGUGCUUGCCCUGGGUUUGUCUCAGGGGAGGUGCUGGGGCUCCCCUGCCAGCCCCCCCAUCUCCAUGAUUGCAGGUCUGCACAGGGAGAUUUGGCCUUAAUCGAGGACAGACUGGGGGGCUUGGGGACAGCCUCCUCCAGCUUCGUCCAGGCUGGGGCUUGGUCUCUUCCAGCUCCAUUCCAAAGCAGAGGCCACAGUGAGCUAUGAAGAGUCCCUGGGCAGGGGCAGGAUCCAUCCCCACUGCCUGUCCCAGGGCCCCCACUGCUCACCAGUUCUGCACAGAGCAGGGCAGGACCAGGCUUUCUCCCACCCCACCAGGCUGAGCAGAGCCUGGGGUUGUCCACCCUAGGGCAGGAGGGGUGUGGGGAGGUGGCUGGCCCCAUCCCCACCCUGUUUCUGCCCAUGGUCCCCAGUUCCCAUGCUGGACCAGGAGUGGUGACUAUGUUGGAGCAGCAGCAGCCGGACCACGGCUGGGCUCUGCCAGACACUGGAUUUGCAGAGAAUGCUGAUGAUUAAAUGGUAACUGUUCU